AAUCUUAAAAAUUCUUCCAUUUGAUUGUCUCUGACUCUCAGUCUCUCUCGCUCUCUCUCUCUCAAUCGAGCAGCUCGGGGUGCAUCUCGGGGAGUUCUUCACGUUUCCUGAUUUGGUUUUCUCGGCUUAGGAUUUUGUUCUUUAUUGACGGAGUGUUGUCAACUGCAAGAGUCUGUUAUCUUUGGAGGGGACGAGUAGGGCAUUGGAGGCAGCAGUGAUGGCUUCGUUCAGGUGGGUAUUGCAGCUGCACAGGGAUGUUCCAAAAGCGGCUCGCUUCUACUCCGAAGGCUUGGGUUUCGCCGUCGAUGUCUGCACUCUCCGUUGGGCUGAGCUUCAGUCCGGCCCUUUCAAGCUUGCCCUUUUGCAGUCCCCCAGUGACCAUGUCAUGCAGAAGGGAUACUCAUCCCUCCUGUCCUUUACAGUGACGGACAUCAACACCACACUGACAAAAUUGAUGGCUUUAGGUGCAGAGCUAGAUGGUCCCAUCAAAUAUGAGAUCCAUGGAAAGGUUGCUGCCUUGAGGUGUUUAGAUGGGCACAUGCUGGGUCUUUACGAGCCUGCCUGAAAAGAGCAUACAGAUAUAUUCCAAAACAAGAAACCAGAUGAAGAAACUUCCAUCUAGGAUUCAAAAAAAUGAAAAAUGAUUUGUUUGUUAAUAUUGGUUUUGAAGCAAUUUGAAAGGGGGAAAACAUUUUCCCCACCCUGGGUUCCUUCUUGCAGUGGACAGUUUCCCAUUCACAUGGAUCAACCACGGCAAUGCGAGUGCGCAGCUUCAGGCUAAUCAGAAGUUUUAGGCCACCUGGAGGAUGUAUCAGCCAAGCAGAGUUGGAAACAUGUUAUCAGCUAAUAGAAGGGUACCACUGGUCAGAAGCAUUUGAUGUGGAAGGGGUUAUUUCCUUUUACCAUGUAAUCAGCUAGCAGAAGGGAAACACUGAUCUAAUACGUUGAAGGGAUGUUUUCCAUGGCCGCAGUGUUGAAAGUUGAGAGAAACUGGCUCUGGACUGUUUGGUGCCUGAACUGCCCUUCUGCUUCUCUCACGAUUUGUUUAGCAGGCAAGAAUAGAAUGAAAUUGGUAUUUAUAUUUUUAUACUUUUACCAUGUAUUCUUUUCAUUUCAUUUCACUCCAAUCCUUUCUGUCCCAACUUGCCUACCAUUGGGGCAGGUCAUUGCUGCAUUUUUAGCCUAUUAAGUUAGGGAAUUUGUCAUAUAUUAUUGAGCCACCCGACAUUCCUUUCCAUGCAUAUGCAAAGCUUUAAAGGGCAUAUACUCUCAAAUGCAUGUUUAGUUUGCAGAAUAGGAUGAGAUUGAGAAGAAAUGGAAUGAAAAUUUGAAUGGAGAGUAAUCAAAUCUGAUUUUAUUCUCCUCAAUUCUAUCCUA